AACAACCAUGCGUGAGAUAGUACAUAUCCAAGCUGGUCAGUGCGGCAACCAAAUUGGCGCCAAGUUUUGGGAGGUGAUAUCUGACGAACAUGGGGUCGACCCUAGCGGGGCAUACAUCGGGGACAGUGCCUUACAACUGGACAAAAUUAAUGUUUAUUAUGGAUUGGCAUCCGAAAAGAAGUAUGUUCCUCGCGCCAUCUUGGUGGACUUAGAGCCGGGUACCAUGGACUCAGUCCGGUCUGGCAAUUUUGGGCGACUCUUCCGACCUGAUAACUUUGUCUUCGGACAGAGUGGAGCUGGAAACAACUGGGCCAAAGGCCAUUACACUGAAGGAGCAGAACUCGUUGAUGUUGUCAUGGACGUCUUGAGGAAAGAAGCUGAGGAUUGUGAUUGUCUACAGGGCUUCCAACUUACACACUCCCUUGGUGGUGGUACCGGCUCUGGAAUGGGAACCCUCCUCAUCAGCAAGAUCCGUGAAGAGUACCCAGACCGCAUCAUGAACACAUUCAGCGUUGUGCCAUCACCCAAAGUAUCAGACACUGUUGUUGAACCAUACAACGCCACACUCUCAGUCCAUCAGUUGGUUGAGAACACAGACGAGACCUAUUGCAUUGACAAUGAAGCCCUCUACGAUAUCUGUUUCCGUACCCUCAAGCUGACCACACCCACUUACGGAGAUCUGAACCAUCUGGUCUCUGCCACCAUGAGUGGCGUCACCACCUGCCUCCGAUUCCCUGGCCAACUCAACGCUGAUCUCCGCAAACUUGCUGUCAACAUGGUUCCCUUCCCACGUCUUCACUUUUUCAUGCCUGGCUUUGCCCCUCUGACGAGUCGAGGAAGCAAACAAUACCGUGCCUUGACCGUUCCAGAGCUCACCCAACAGAUGUUUGAUGCCAAGAACAUGAUGGCUGCCUGUGAUCCUCGUCAUGGUCGUUACCUCACCGUUGCCGCCAUCUUCCGUGGCCGUAUGUCCAUGAAGGAGGUCGAUGAACAGAUGCUCAACGUACAGAACAAGAACAGCAGCUACUUCGUUGAAUGGAUCCCCAACAACGUCAAGACCGCUGUCUGUGACAUCCCACCACGUGGGCUAAAGAUGUCUUCCACUUUCAUCGGCAACAGCACUGCCAUCCAGGAGCUCUUCAAGCGUAUCUCUGAGCAGUUCACCGCUAUGUUCAGGAGAAAGGCUUUCCUGCAUUGGUACACUGGUGAGGGUAUGGACGAGAUGGAGUUCACUGAGGCUGAGAGCAACAUGAAUGACUUGGUUUCUGAGUACCAACAGUACCAGGAUGUCUCCGUGGAUGACGAUGGCGAUUUCGACGAAGAGGAGGAAGAAGAGGACCUUGCAUGAGACUCACGCAAUAUUCGUUACUUUUAUAGCAAUGACAAUUUAAGAUUUAGUUUCACUGUGCAAUAUUACAAUAUCACACUUUGAUGAGAAAGUCGAAGCUCAGAAGUGUUGGAAUUUGUUUAAUUACUGAAUGCAUGUCGUCAGUAGGAAGAGUGGAAGUUAGAUAAGUAGCACUGCACGUAACAUUAGAUACCAUGUAACGUUAAUGCUCCUCAUGAGCGGUACGACAGAGUCA